AUGGCCAAGUCCAACCUGGACCUAGUCCGCGAAUGCGACAAUUUCCCCUACUACGACGACAACCCGGCCGCCUACACAGAGAACCUGCAGAACUACUACGCCUUCCGGGUAACGGGGUACGAUGCGACACUCGGAUACAUUUUAAAUACAGUGGUGGACAAGUUCCCCUGGCCGAAGGACUGCUGGAGCAUUGACUCCGCCGCCCGCACAGUCACAUUGGUGCCAUUGCCGGGCGCGAACGCCGCCCAGCGCAGCAAGCUGGUGGCACAGAGCAUUGCCGAUGCAGUCAAACAGGGCAACUUCGAGUUGCUGAAGGGAUGGCGCAAUGAGAUGUAUCCUGUCUACGGACCGGGCGGCGAAUUCUUGUUGGAGAUGGAGCGCAGCGCGUCACCACUAUUCGGCAUCGUCAGCUACGGCGCCCAUAUGACGGGAUACGUGGAUAGCCCGUCCGGCCCGAAGAUCUGGGUGCCGCGUCGCGCAAAGAAUAAGCAAACAUACCCCUGUAUGCUGGAUAAUACCGUCGCGGGCGGGAUGUGCACGGGCGAGAUACCCUCUGAGUGCAUCGUCCGUGAGGCCAUGGAGGAGGCCUCGCUGCCAGAAUCGGUUGUGCGCGCCAAUGUCGUCCCUCGUGGCUGUGUGACUUAUACACAUGUUCGGGAUGCACGCGCGGGCGGCGAGACCGGCCUGAUACAGCCCGAGGUUGAGUAUGUCUACGACUUGAAGCUUGAUCCGAGCGUUGUCCCUCAGCCUUGUGACGAUGAGGUCGAAGAGUUCCAACUGUUGUCUGUAUCCGAGGUCAAGGAGGCGCUCAGCCGCGGCGAGUUCAAGCCUAACUGCGCCAAUAUCAUGAUUGAUUUCUUCGUUCGCCAUGGCAUUCUCACCCCCGAGAACGAGCCGGACUAUCUUGAGAUCGUUGCGCGCUUGCACCGCCGCAUGGAUCACCCGACUGCGUCGCAUUGCAAGUAG